GCCAGUAUAUACAUUUUGUUUAUGUCCACAGAGCGCUAAGCAAGGCUCGUUGAGGGUCCUUUCUUUGUGAACUCAUUUUAGGCUUGUUGGAUUAUUAAGAGGCAAAGCAUCCUUUUUAAGGAUCAACAGAUGAGACUAUCUGAGCUGUAAAGCUGCUCGUCAACAGGCGAAUACUUCCUUUUUAAUUUUAAGGCAACAGACAUGCGGUUCUAAAACGGGACCAUUUUCAGCUAAAAAGUGAAAUGGAUGCCACUCAGGCGAUCAGGGACUCGAUCUUGGAGUCAGAGGAGGAGGAAAACGAGGAGGAGAACCAAAAUGAAAGAGGGAAGCCAUUGGCCAAACUAUGCAUCUUAAGAAAUCCACACAUCCCUGAGAAAGAGUUGCCCCUCUUCCUGGGAGAUAAUAUCCUGGGCCGUGACCCCAACCUCUGCACACUGCAGCUGUUGGCACCGUCUGUGUCCAAGCAGCAUGCUACCGUCAGUAUCUCUGUUUACCGGAGAAGAGGUCGUGACAGUGAAGUGGACACGGAGGCCCUGGUUUGGGACUUAGGGAGCAUGAAUGGGACACGUAGGGGACGCCUAAAGCUGACCCCUAAUGUACGUUAUGCCCUCAGCGAGGGUGAUGGUUUGAUUUUGGGGAACAUCCCAUGUCGGUAUGUAAGCUCCAGGGUGGACUCCCCUUCAUCCCUUGGUGACGUGGGGACAUCCCUGGGCAGACAUUCGGAAGUAAACACCAGAUUGUCAGACUCCUCUGACAGCAAACGGGAUGACGUUGAUACAGAAGGCAAGGAAUGUUUAAAAAGCAAUACAAAGGCAACGAGGACUCCUGUCACAGGUGGUUGCCUCUCAUUUGAGCAAACUCCAAUCCAGCCAAAAAAGACCUUGGUGCCAGAAUCUGACUCAGACUCAGAGAGUGAAAGAGGGGGUAGAGGAGACAGAAAGCAGAAGACCAUUGUAUCUGAUUCGGACUCCCACAAAUCCAGUCCCAGUUCUAAUGCAUUCUUAAGCCCCCAAAAUAAAGUGGUACCUGAAAGUGAAGACGAAAGCCCCAUCACACCAUCUUCCUCCAACAGAAAUGGGUCAAACAGGCACGUCAGUUUAAGCAUAGAAAAGACGAAUGUCGACUUAGGACAACAGCGUCUGAAUCAAAACAACUCACCUGCAUUUGUGGAAAACGGUGAGGAGGGGGACGAAGGAGCAGCUAAUGGAGGGACAUAUUCAGAAGAAAGUGGAAAGAAUGUGAAAAGGCAAAUUAGUAAGAGUCUUAAAAAAGGCAGUGAAUCACCCACGUCGACAUCAAAGGUCUACCGAGAUGCCAUCCCUGAAUUUAACCUGGACAGUGACACUGAUGUAGAGGGAGGAGACGAAGAGGUGGUGCCUGCUGGGCAAAGUGAUCAACCCCCAAGCACAAUCUUGCCACACAUGGACAAUGACACUGAUGUCGAUGAAAAUAUCUCAGAUAAAGCUCCAAAAACUUUGCCUUCCACUGAUGAAACAACGAAGCCUUCUCAUGUUGCUGCUGGUUUUCAGCUUGAGGGCAUGAUAACUGACAGUGACACUGAUGUGGAUGAUGAUGCCACUGUCACAUCAAAAGCCAUCUUAUUUCAGGGUGUGCACACUGCUGACUCAGCCCCCCCAGUACAGUCUGGAGAUUUUCACUUAGACAGCGACACAGAUUUGGAUGAGAAAGAAGAUGGGGGGACUGGAGCAAAACGGGAAAAUCCCAAAAUAGAUGAAGCGCUUGAUAAAUCUGAUAAACCUACACCUACUGCGCCUCACAAUCUGCAUCCAGACAGUGACAUCUGUGAUGAAGUGGUGAGCGAUCCCUACGUGGCUGAAGCUGGAAGAGCUGAUUUGGAUAUUUUGUCCGACAGUGACACAGACUUGGAAGAAGAUUCACACCCAGCUAUCCCUGCUGCCAAAAACCUGUCAGUGUUUUCUGCUGCAGCAUCAGGAGCUCUCAAGCCAGAUUAUGACGCAGACACAGAUGUUGAUGAACCUCUUGUUCCCCAAGCUGGAGAAGAGGGCAAUCCAGGUGACCUUAGAAUGGGAAGUGAUACUGAUGUGGAGGAUGAGGAGGCAAAUCUUGGAGAGGCAGGGGAGAGCCAGAUCCCCCACCUGCGGAGAGAAAACACUCCCAGGUCUCUGGUUCCUGUUCUACAGAACUGUUCUACUCCUGUUCAGCUUUCAGAAGGAGAGGUCGAACAGAUGGAAACUCAGGCCUUCACAAGCCCCACUUCAGAUGCUGAAGAUUGUGGCUUCUAUGCUGUGGCUGAAACCCAGCCCUUCAUCCUUCAGACCAGAGAUUGUUACAAAGGCUUGAACCCAAACCAAGCCUCUGUACUUGAGUCGUCCGCUGUCGAACCUGAGGACCAGUCCAUGAGAGGAGAUUCCUUCCAGCUGGAAGUGUCUGACAGCAGCCACCUGCAGGGUGAGCUCAGAGCUCUGACCAUGGAGAACACCCAAGCUUAUGUCUCAGUAGAUGUUGGUGCAAACCUGGAGGAUACUCAGGCGUAUACGGAGAAAACGUCUGCAGAGAAUGAUUCAAACCUGGAGUCCACACAGCCCUACGGAGAGGACGAGGAGCCUGCUAGAUGUUCAGAAAUGUCUAUAAAAGAAGGUUGUGUUGAUUUGGCUUUUGAAGCAACUCAGGCUUAUUUCUCAGAGUUUUAUGAUGAAGGUUCAGAUGAAGUAGAGAGACAGGAUUCUGCCAGGACUGAAAGUGUGGCUUCGGUGUGCUCAUCUGCACUUGCUUUGGCUGAAACCCAGCUAAUGUCUUCUUCUGUGGAGUCUAAUAAUCCAGUUUGCUCCAUAGAACGUGUUAAAACCAGAGUUCAGAAUGAAACAGAAGAGCAUCCAGAAAAACACAUCACCGAAGCUCAAUCAGUAGCUCAAACACAACCCAUGUAUACAGCGAGUGACGAGGAGAGCGAUAUUGAAGGGUUAUCAGCAGAGUCCCUGCAGCCUGCAAAAGUAGAGAGACAGCCAAUCACUCCUUCAGCCUUGUCGCUCGCUGAAACCCAGCCUGUGCAUGUCAGUUCUGAUGAAACUCAGCCGAUGGAGUUAUGCGAAGAUAAUGAAAAUAACGGUGAGGACUCUGAGGUGCUGCGUCCACGAAAAAGAAAAGCAAAGCAGCUUCAUAUUGACAAUGAAGAGUCGCAGCAGCACACAAACUCUUCCAACCAAUCUGCUGAAACCCAGCCUAUGAAUUCAAGUGAGGGUGAUGAUGAUUCUGAUUCUAUGCCAAGCCUACGGAAAAGGAAAGCAAAGCCCCUGCAGCUGGAAGACGAGACACAGUCACUCGCUGGUUCUCAAGUCUCUGCUGCUGAAUCUCAGCCUUCAGCUACUCAUGAGGAAGAGCAAAGCAGCAAAGACUUCAUCUCUGCAGAAAAACGAAAAGCAAAUCCGCUGGACAUUGAAGACGAGCAAAUUAUCUCUGAAGCUGCUGCUGGUUUAACGAGUGAAGAUGGGGAAACCCAACCGAUGGCUGCAUGCAAAGACGAAGGUCUGCCCGAAAGAGAAACAAAAGCUCUUCCCCUCCCCGCUGCUGGAGUUUCUGCUGUUGAAGCUGAGGCCGAAGGGAGAGACAGAAAAAAUGACAAUGAAUCAAUGACAUGUGCACGAAAAAGAAAAUCAAAGCGGCUUCAUCUUGAAGAAGAGGAGACGCAGCCAAUCACAGUUUCUGAAGUCUCUGCAUCUCGGAGAAAGACUGCCGAGACAAAAGUUUUACCAAGUGCCAAAGAAAGAAGAGAACAAACCAAGUCUGAGAAUGACAGCAAUCAGGAUAAGGCGAAGCGGGAUCAAUGCAGAAGAGGGAGAAGAAAUACAAGGAAACAGGACAAACAUGAUGAGGAGGACAAAAAUAGGAGCGCUGAAAAUGAGAGCCAGAUAAAGGAUCAAGGAGAUGGGACUCUCAGAGAAGACGAUGAAGAAAGAGAACAUGUGGAGAAGGAAGAGCUGAUAAAUGAAAGAAAAGCAAAAGGAGAACAGAGAAUACAGAAGACCAAAUCAGGAAGUGAGAUAGAAGAUCCAAAGGAACCAAGUUUGGAAAUGGCAAAGACGGACCAAGAUGAGGAACGUAAGAGAAAGCAGGAAGCACAGAAACACAGAGUAAGACAGGAGAAAACAGAAUCUAAAAAAAAACUGCUUAAAGAAUCACAAGAAAACAAGGAUGAAGAGGAGAACCCGAAAGGUUCUGUCAGAGUCCGACGAACAGCAAGAAGAACAACUGAUGCUCCUUGUGAAGCUGUACCUGACGAUUUCCCUGCGAGGAGAACCCGAUCCCGCUCCAACUCUGUCGGCUCAGAGAGGUCAGUCUCCGGCGUCAACACCCAGGAGAGCAAAGGAAGAGGCCGAGGAAGAGGAGCGCAGAGGAGCAGCGAUACCUUUCAGACCACUGCUGUGAGGAGCAGCCGCCGAAGGACGACUUCGGCUGCAGCAGAGCAAGACAGUGAAGAUCAGGUGCUCAGUGCCAGCUUUAACUCAUCCAGCUCUAAGAUGUCCAGCACAAGCUCCCACAACAGAGGAAGAGCGCGAGGAAGAGGGAGGAAAACGCUUGCUAACCCCAACGUUGUUACUCCUGUUAUUAGAGAAAGUGAACAGAAUUCAGCAGCUUUGAGCCGAAAGCCAGAAAGGUCCUCCACUGAGUUUCUGCAGCAAGAUGAUAAAAGGAAACCAGACUCUCAUCCUAGUGGUACCAGUAGGGGGCAGCGGCGAGCCAGUGACAAUAGAGCUUUAGUUUUAAAAGAUGAGGGCCUUCAGUCAAAUCAGGAAAAUGCAUCUGCAGAUCUAACAUCCCCUCUGCCUAAGAGAAACAUGAGGGGCAGAGGCUCAAAAGCAUUAAAAACCCAACAUGUGGAGGAAGCUGAAGCUCCUACAGUCAGUGAUGGUGAUGUCGCCAGAAACAAGAGACAAGCAAGAACAAGUGAGACAAAAAGAACCCAAAAAUCAACAGAGGCAGGAAGAAAAGAGGAGCAAAAGGAAGAAAUUCCUGUUGGGAUCCAGGGGAGGAGAACAAGCAGAGCCUCAAGCACUCAGGUGAAGAAGAAUGAAGAGUCUCUUCCUAAAAGGGAGGUAGAAGACUGGAAUAAAGUGGUGGUGGGGGCUGCUGAGAAGAGAGCCAGGAGUCAGACAGCAGUGGUCCAGAAAAAUAAAAACCAGGGGCUGGAGGAAACUCAGACAUCUGGUUCUUCCAUGGACCAGGAUGGAAAAGAGGAAGCAUCAGAGCAGCCUCAGAUCCCGGCCAUGACUCCUUCCCGGAAGCGACGGGUCUCUUCAAAUUCCUCCCCUGUGGCAAAGACUCCCCGCUCCUCCUCUGCAUCUCCAACUACGGUUAGCCGACUACGAGCUGGGAGCCAAGCCUACAAGGUUCUGUUCACAGGAGUGGUGGAUGAAUCUGGAGAGCGGGUGUUGGCUCGUUUAGGAGGCGCCAUGGCCAAAGGCGUCUCAGACAUGAACUGUCUUGUGACAGAUAAAGUGCGAAGGACGGUGAAAUUCCUGUGCGCCGUGGCCAAAGGUGUCCCAGUCGUCACCACGCAAUGGCUGGAAAAGAGCGGUAAAGCUGGGAGCUUCCUCUCUCCAUAUGCGUUUGUUGUGAAAGAUCCUGAGCAAGAGAAGAAGUUCAGCUUCUCCCUGCAGGAGUCCUUGAGGACUGCCAGCAGCCAGCCUCUCCUACAGGGAUAUGAGAUCCAUGUCACGAAGUCUGUAAAGCCAGAACCGGUUCACAUGAAAGACAUAAUUACCUGCAGUGGUGCUACAUUUCUACCAAAGAUGCCCACAGCUCACAAGCCCCAGACCGUAGUGAUUUCCUGCGAGGAGGACCUGCGACUGUGUGGCCCCGCCAUGUCUGCGUCUCUUCUCAUCGUCACUGCUGAGUUUAUACUCACAGGAAUCCUGCAGCAGAGAGUCGAUUUUCAGACCCAUGCACUUCCUCCCCCUGUAACCAACCUGCAACCUGCUGCGGGCAGGGAAAGAGGCAGAAAGAAGACUUAGCCCACAAUAUCGUCACUGUGAUUAUGAGUACAAAAAGUGAAAUAUUUGGGAUUAAAAUGACAGACUCUUUCUGUGCGAAGAACCUAAGAAUGCAUUUCCCACCAAAUGCGAGCAAAAACAAAUUUCCUAAACACUUUGUUUUUGCUUUAUGCAUUUGGGAUUUUUCCGUUUGCGUACAAUUUUUAAAAUUCCUUCCUAGAGGCUGAAAUGCGCUUAAAAAACCAAUUAGUUGAGGAUGGGUGAUGAAACCUCGGUUCUGCCUCAGAAGCCUUAUAAAUGUUUAGCUUCUAAUCCAGAAAAGUGCAGCUGCUUCCUCUAAGGCAACAGGCAGAGUUUUUAGCCAAUUUUGUCAGGUAGCAACCAUGAAGUUAGAGAUGUUUGAAUCAUGUUUGUGUUAGAGCAGUUGUACUCAAUGGCUCUUUUAUUGAAAUCCAUCUGCUCCAGAGGUCCGUAGAUGCAACAAGCUUGUAUCCUGUUCAUAUAAAAAGUGAGUAGAGCCUUUUAUACCUCAGAUGACCAUGAGUUCACCACUGUGUCUAUUGCUCCUGUCUCCAUUAAGCAGCUCCACUCCAUUAAGGCGUCAUUCAAUCUCAUUGCCUUGAGGGGAGAGGUGCUUCCUACUGCUGAUACUGCUUCUGCAGCAACAUUUCAUCCUGUUUGUCCAUCACACACCUUCACUACAUGUGAAAGUCUCCCAGUAUACGAAGGUCUCAUUGGGUCCCUGAUCUGACCUGCUGUAAAUGGUCUUUUAAAUGUGACAUCAAAGCUUGUCAUUUUUGUGUAGCAGUUGGCUUGAAUCAUGAAACAUUAAAUAUUUUGUAUCUGUCA